AUGCGGGCCGCCCUCCUCCUGGAGGUAAUUCACUUUGCGGUGGCCGGCGACGCCGUCAUUGACUUCAGCUCCGCCACCUCUGCAUACGUUAUUCGACCAGGAUGGAGUUUCAAGGUCGAGGUCUUCGGAAGCAAUUUCGAUUACAUCAACGACAAGAUCCUCCUGGUCCCGACUGGCAUUGCAUGUGGAGAUCCAGCAACUCCUCCGAGAGGAAAGUACUCCACUGUGGCCGACUACUACAGCUUGGUUUGUGAUGGGCAGAGCAGCGCAGCCGGGAGAUUGGUCUGUGAGGACUUGUCUGUGUACCAGGCGGGCACUUACACUAUCUGUGUCUGCGACGCCACCGCGAUGCACCGUCCUGGGCCACCAAGUUCAGGAGGCCCCGCAGGGAACAGCACAGCAGAUGAUGGGUCAGCGGUUACUACGACUACAAUGACCUCCACAUCGACUGCAACAUCUCUCCCAUGCAUCACAGCUGAGAGAUUUUGGCUCGGCUCUGAUUCCACGGGGACAGUAACUGUGAAUGGCCCGAGGAAUGAGGGAACGCUGAUCGAGCGGGCAGGAACGCCUUUCCGGUUGAUCCUGCAGGGCACCAGUUUAAGCAGCAGAGAUCGAGUCCGAAUCACAGACGGCUCGACCGACUGCUUUGACCUCGCAGCAUCCAAACCGAUGCACCCUGCGGUUGCAACAGAUUUUCCAUACGAAGACCCGUCGGGUCAAAGACGCUCUGGCUCUGCUUCGCAAGAGAUCUGGGAGAACAUCGGAGUGACGGUGCCCGGAACCUACCAGGUCUGUUGGUGUUCGGCCGGUGGGACGGUGUCAAAUAGCUGCAGCGAUGACCAGGAGUUCACAACGAAUGUUGCAACUCUGGAAGUGGGUGGGCCUACAGCAGGUGUUAUCCAGUCUUUUGCGUGCAUCACCGGUGUUGCCUGCACGCUUGAAAUGACCGGAUCAGGCCUGAACAACAAUGACCGCAUCAUUAUCAUCGCCGAUCAUCUGGAGUGUGGCUUUGCUCCACAGUCCAGCGCUGUAGUUUCCGGGGGUGAUUUCGCCAGCCCCCGAACAAGUGGAUCUGACACUCUAUCUCGAUUUGGUGGCAUCAUCAUGGGCCGGCAUGGUGACUUCAAAGUUUGUUGGUGUGGCAGUUACGACGAGAUCAAGUGCCCAACAUGCUGCACGCAAAUGGAGGAGUACACAGUCUAUGCUGGCAACGUCUCCAGUGGCGGCCCGAACCAAGGUCAAAUUGACCGGCCACCGAUCGGCGUGCCCUUCGCGUACACCAUUUCAGGAUGGGGUAUGAGCAGCAAUGACAGGAUACGGAUCGUGGACCAAACAGUCCGCUGCGGGCGGGCUGGCGCGGAGACACAUUCCCUUGGCAUCGAAGCCAGCACCGUGCCCAACGGACCUCCGACGUACACGGAGGGCUCAGACCCCGCCAACCGUACCAGUGCGAGCUGGACUGACAUCGUGGCCCGGGAGAUGCGAUCGUAUCGGGUGUGUUGGUGUGCUCACUUCUUCAUGGGGUGCACUGAUGGUGCCCAUUUUGCGUUGGACAUCGGCAUCAUUAACCCCAGGGGCGCUUCCAACUCGACCUACAUCAAUGCUAUUCCUGGGCGCCCCUUUUCCCUAACCGUCACUGCGGCAACGGGCUCCUAUCUCACAGCGGACGACCGCAUCAGGAUUGUCCGCUCUGAAUUGUCGGAUGGCAGGUGUGGAGGCUUCGGCACCGCUGAGCAUUCGCCCGCAGUUGCGGCUUUGGCGUGCUGGCCUACGUGCAUAGACUCACCAGUGUGGGGAGCCCCUGAGAUGGGCCCAGACAAUGAAUCCCAGAGCUGGGAUCCGGUGCUGAUCAUGGAGAGUGGGACCUACAACAUUUGCUGGUGUAACUCCGGUCAAGGCGGUUGCGACAGUGACGAGGACUUCUCAUUCCGUGCCGGCAUGAUCAUGGCGAAUGGAGUGAACAUCGGUCAACACUGGCAUUGUGCAGCCUACUUCCCUUGCACUGUCGAAAUCGAGAAGUCAGAUGGCCUUGCCUCUGGGGAUUACCUGCAGUUGGUCGCUGCUGCUCCCGGUGCCCGCUGUGGCGUAGACAGUAGAGCAGCCGCCACGAGCUUCACGAGGGGUACGAGGAUCAGUGGAUACGAGGGAAGAGACACCACUGGGCAAGACGUCGUUCUCUUCGAGUUUGGCUCCCCACAGGCUCCCGGCAUCUAUCUUGCCUGCUACUGUCAAGGAUCAAUCUGCAGAACAAGUUCGGCGACAGACCUCGACUUCUUCCAGCAAGCCGGGCAGGUCACUGUAAUGGGACUUCAGGGGCGUGAUGAUUAUCACAAAUGCUACCUGAGAGGCGCGUGCAGACUGAACAUACGAGGUGCAGGACUAGACGUUCAGGAUGCCGUGAUGCUCUUGGAUCCGAUGGACAAUUGCGGACAAACCGGCAGCCCAGUGAGUUUCAGCCUUGAUGGGCCGCGAUUCUUCACGGCCGGAGGGGACAGGCUUUUCAUUGGCAAUCUCACCUCCACGAGCAACGAAGGCCUUGAGAGUUGGACUUUUGACCUUGGCACUCCGAUUCGAACUGGGAGACAUCGGCUGUGUUACUGCAGCCGGGGCCGAGCUAGCAGCGGAAUGUGCGAGAAUCGCGCAGACUUCGACCAAGCUGCAGGCGAGCUCUUCGUUCGCGGGUCAGAGUUCAACUCUGAGCUCCGGUGUGAGCAGGGCGAGUCUUGUCGGAUCACAGCUCGGGGAGCUCAGUUCGAUGCACUGGACCGGAUGGUGCUGCUGAAGGAUGGCGUCGGCCACUACUGUGGAAUGGUGAACGCUGGACAGUACCCUUCUUGGGCACUUGCCAUGACUCCGGAGAACAUUCAACCGGAUGCCAUCAUUCCAGACCUCUGGGCUGCGACAUGGAUCAUUAGCAGCGUCCGUGAGCCGGGCACGUACCGGAUCUGCUAUUGCGCCUACAUCAUAGGUGGCACGCUUUGUGUCGAACCAGGCCAGUCAACCCCGUACGAGCGCUACAGGCAUGAGCUAGGCACCGUUCGGGUCACUGGGUCGAUUUUGGCAGUGCGACAGGUCGGGGUCACCCCGGGAUAUUGGCAGCCGAAGCUUCCAGCAGCGAAGUACGCGGUCAGUGUUGAAGUGGACGUGCUCAACACCUUCAUGAAGUACACAUGCGUCGCCACCACCCGGCCUGCACCGGACAACUUCAUCCCGAGAAAGUCUGACUUGGAAAACUGCACCAAGGAUGUCGAGGAGUUGAAUGAUCGGCAAAGGUUCUUUCCGCGAUGUUGGGGCAUCGGGACCACGGUGGAAACAGUGAUCGAUAUGGGGCCGAACUUGGUGCAUGUUCCAACCCACAUCCCCGACAUCACCCUGGAGUCUUCAACGGAAAUGCACGUGUGGUGCUACGGGCGAGAUUUGUGCUCGAAUGAUCGUUGCGUCAUGCCCGCAGAUAACGUCGGCCUGGCAGUUCCCAUUACUGGCGGCCUUGUUUCUUACUCGACGACCUGGGCUGCCACUGUGUCCACACCGUUUGCAUUGAGAGUGCCACUCGCAAGCGACUUCGAUAUCGGUGAUCCCUGGCCGCGCAUGAAGAUCAUCACGCACGAGAGUGCGUGUGACUCGACACAGCUCCAUCGCUCUGUCAUGGGCAUCACCUGUCUAGAGAGCGGUGUUGGCAUGUGUGAGCCAGCGCCGAUUUCGACCUUGUCCUCUGGCUCUUGGGGUUCUGGACGAGAGCUGAUCUGGACAGGCGUCGCCGUGACCCGAGCAGACAGGUUCACCGUGUGCUACUGCGACCGGCACUAUGCAAGCACCUGUGUGGGCUGGAUCAGCAUCGGCACCUUGCAAGUUAGCGGACCUCAAAAUGCUGGCAACAUGAGGUUCGUCGUCAAUCCUGGAGUUCCUGGGACAGUCACCGUCAACGGCAUUGGCCUAGCCACCGAAGACAGGAUUCGCAUCAUUCCGCAGAACGUGGGGUGUAUGGUGGUGAGCAUGCCCACCACGACAACUCCUUCGACGCGAAGGCUCCAGGCAGGCAUCGACUUCCGAUCGGGGUCCGCCCUUUCUGCGAAUGGGUCACAUGAGGAAUGGGAGGUGCUCAUCAGCGUAGAGGGCACAUACAAUGUGUGUUGGUGUGGCGGCAUCGAAAGCAGCUGCAGUGAGGCCGACGACUACACAGUGUACUUGGGGACGCUCUCUGUGGCCACGAAACGUGACUGUGAGGUCACAGAUUGGUGGGUCGUCACGGAGUGCGAUAAACAGUGCGGUGGCGGCGAGGUGAAGAUGAGGCGUGGCAUUCUACAGGAGGCGACCGGUGGCGGGCUGGCAUGCCCCAGCCAGGCAGAGCUGGUCAAGACCGAACAAUGCAACAUGAAGCCCUGCCCUCUGGCGCGAUUGGACCGUCUGACUACUUCGCCCGAAAAGAUCUAUGCAGGCUCACCUUUCGUAAUGACUAUUCAGGGUGAGUGGUUCGAUCCAGACAGCGACAGGAUCCUGAUCAUCAGCCAGGACGAGACGUGUGGCCAGACGCAGGCGCAUCACGGUGGCGCUUCCUGCAACCAGUUCGGUGCCAGCGGUUUCGCCUUGGUUUGCGGAAACGGCGACUUCUCCGUUCGACUUCAAAGACCGGGAUGGUAUCGGGUUUGCGUCUGCGACGCGAGCGCUUCCAUCCAGCGAAGCGCGGAUGGCAGCACGAACAUCACAACAGGUGCUGUGGAGUCGGCCGGCAUCAUGGCCACGAACUGUGACUCGCCCUCGCACUACAUUCUGAGUCCUCAAGAGGGGGCGGUACUCGAAGUCUUCGAAGCACCAAUACCCCAGGAGGGGCCGCAGACAGGAAACGAGGAGGGUCUUUCAACAGGUGUCACGGUGGCCAUACUUGCUGGUGGUUUGUUCACCUUUGUGGUCUUGGCUCUGGUUUCAGCAUACUGGGUUCGGAAGAAGUUCUUCAGCUUCAAGCCUUCGCAGGUUGCGAAUUCCAGCAUGGCACCAAAGGAGGGCAAGGAGGGCUUUCAGGCCGGUGUCGACCCACACAUGCUGCAGUACUAUGAGUCCUACUACCAGUCUUUGGGAUACCCACCAGGCACCGCGACGCAGAUGCUGGGUGGCGCGAAUCAGCAGCAGCACCAGAUGGCUCUCCCAGCACCAAUGAUGCCAGGUGCUAUGAUGCAAGCUGCUCCAGCAGGAACGCCAGCUCUUCAGGAUUCCGCCUGGAUGCAGCCUAGACCGAUGGCCCUGCCACUAGCUUUACCGCCCUCGCGACACCCUGGCAUGAUGGCACCGCCAACUCCGCAGAACCGUGGUCGUUCACCUCGAGGAAACGAGACCGGCAAGAGCUUCGGCGACUUGGUUUCGGAGACAAACAGGCGGCCGUCCAGGCAACUCCCGCUGUUCACGGACACCUCCUUGCCACGUAUGCCUACACCUACCGCCACUCCGCGUGGGGUCGCUACACCACGUGCAGGUGAGGAAGCCACCUUGGCUCUGGAAGACGGCAACACCGAGGAGGCAGCUGCAGGAGAGGAGGUCACCGUCACCGUCUCCAAGAGCCUCGAGGAUGUCAAGGAGCACCGUCCAUCCACAGCAGACUCAGUUCUGAGCUGCCUCUCGGAGUCCACCGCAGGUUCAGGCAGCCGACCUGGAACAGGCGACACGGCGAAGCCAUCGGAUGCAGAGGGCAAGCCGCUGUCUCCGGUCAAAGAGGAGCGAGAAGAAGAGGACCACACGAAUUGUGUUUUCCCGAACAUGUCGGGGGCAUAA